AUGGAAGAAGCCAACAUCGCAAAGAACAAGAAAGUGAGGGACAUUACUCACAAUCAGAUGAAAAUGGUGGGAGAAGAUCUUUGGAAAUUACCCAAGGAAUUAAACAAUGUAUGGCCGGUUGCAAAGAAAAAGCAGGAUUGGACAUGUCUUAUUGGUGGUAUGAUUUUCAAUGUGCUGUGUAAUCUAUCAAUCGAAUGCCUACCCCAGUACUUGGGCUAUCUCUGUGAGAAUGUUGCAGGCAUGAUGUUUAUUGCUCGAAAUGUGGUGUUUAAUGAAACCUAUUUUCCAGCAUCUCAACAACUAUCUUCUACUCAGGUAACUUCUACUCCUGUUUCUUAUCCUUCUGCUCAAUUCUUUACCAACACUACUAAAUCUGGUGCUAAUCAAAAUACUUCCCCAGCUGUCUCUGUUGCUACACCUGAGCACCAAUCCAAUACUACUAAUGCAUCAAGCUCAGCACAAACUACAGUCACUCUUCCUCAAGCUUAUACUCCUACUAUUGCAAGUUCACCUACUGAGCAAACAACCAAUACCUCUUCUCUACCUUAUCCCAUUCAUGCUGCUUCACCAUCCCCAUCUUCCUCAGGUUCUAUUACAUCAGCUCCUGCGCUUAUUCGACUUCCAAGGACUCACUCUAUGGUCACCAGGGCUCAAAAUGGCAUUUAUAAACUGAAGGCCUAUUUUGCAACUAAACAUCCAUUGUCUGAGUCCCUUCUGCCUAGUGAACCAAAAUCUACUAAGGUUGCUCUUCAACAUCCAACCUGGUUGGUUGCAAAGGGGUAUCUACAACAGCCUGGUAUUGAUUAUGAAGACGUUUUUAGUCCGGUUGUAAAACCUGUUACUGUUAGAAUGGUCCUCACCUUGGUUGUGUCAUUCAAAUGGGAAGUUCGACAGUUAGAUGUUUCAAAUGCCUUCCUCAAUGGUACUUUACAAGAAAUAAUUUUCAUGACUCAGCCUGAAGGCUUUGAAGAUCCAUCAAAACCAACUCAUGUUUGUCAUCUUCCCAAAACUAUCUAUGGUCUUAAGCAGGCACCUCGGGCUUGGAAUGACAAAUUGAAACAAACCUUACUUAGCUGGGGUUUUUUAGCAUCUAAAGCAGAUACUUCUCUCUUUGUUUAUGGAACCUCUAAUACUCUUGUUAUUCUACUUGUUUAUGUAGAUGACAUUUUGAUUACUGGUCCCAACACUCUGCUAAUUCCGAAACUCAUUACUGAUUUCAACACAGCUUUUGCCUUGAAGGAUUUCGGUCAAGUUCACUACUUUCUUGGAGUAGAAAUUCAUAGAAGUUCUGACGGAAUGUACCUAUCUCAGAGUAAGUACAUUACUGACUUAUUAGUCAAAGUGCAUUUGGAUGGUGCUAAGAGUUGUUCUAGUCCUACAAGUAGUGUUCAUAAACUUGCUCUUACAGAAGACACUCCAUUUGAAGAUCCAACUCUGUAUCGUAGCACACUUGGUGCUUUACAUGUACACUGGGAAGCUUGUAAGCGUUUGCUAAGGUACCUAAAAGGCACUCUCUCAGAGGGUCUUCUCCUUAGGCCUGCCCUUCGGCUGUCUCUUGAAGCAUAUUCUGAUGCUGACUGGGCAAGUUGUAUUGAUGACAGGCGUUCCACUAGUGUUUAUGCAGUAUACUUAGGUUCUAAUCUCAUUUCCUGGUCUGCUAAGAAGCAGCAUGUUGUUGCCAGAUCCUCUACCGAGUCUAAAUUCAGAGCCUUAGCAAACACAACAGCUGAAAUCAAAUGGUUACUUUCUCUGUUAACAAAACUUCAAGUUACUCUUGCUGACAUACCUAUCAUUGGGGUGGACAAUCAAGGAGUUGCUGCCUUAGCUGCAAACCCUGUUUUCCAUGCUAGAUGCAAGCAUAUUGAAAUAGAUCAGCAUUUUGUUCGAGACCAGACUUUGGAUAAUGAAGUUUCUGUUCGAUAUGUCCCUUCUGUGGAUCAAAUUGCAGAUGUUUUAACAAAACCUCUUCCAAAGGACAGCCUUGGACUAUAUCAUUACAGAUUACAGGAAGAAGACCAAAGAUUGGAGUGGGAGUUGAAACAAAAUCGGGGGGAAGAACAAAGAUUGGAGAGAGAACUACGAUUGGAGCGAAAACGAAGACUGGAGCUAGAACAGAGAUUGAACCUACAACAAAGGGGACACAACAAGAAAUGUCGUAUAUGUGAUGGAGAUAUUUCCGAAGACGAAGGCUCUUCUUCUGGUGGGUGCAAAGUUUGCAAUUACUAUCGCAACAAGGGCAAAGAUCAUCAAGUCAAUCAUCCUUUUCAUUCCUCUCAUCCACUUAUAUUGCGUACGAAAGGAGUAGAGAGCUUUAUAUGCAACUCUUGCCACAAAAUGCAUGCAAAUGUUGAUAUGUAUUUCACGUGUAGUGAUGGAUGUGAUUUCUUUAUGGAUGUCAAAUGUGUGAUCAUGCCCCCGACAACCUGGUAUGAUUUCGAAAAUCUUGAUGGAAAGCACAUACAACAUUUUACUCAUCAACAUCGGAUGGUGCCACUUGUAAGGGAUGGAAUUGAUGAUAUCAAUUGCUUCAUCUGCCGCGGCUUGAAAUGCUCAUCAUCAGGUGAAAUCUAUGGUUGCAAACGUUGUGAGUAUUAUUUGCACGAAUCAUGUGCACAAUUACCACCUCAAAUCCAUGGUUGCACUUUUCAACCGUGUAAACACCCUUUACUCUUUCAUACUGCUAAUCGUGCAUUCCGUGCUUGCAAGUCAUGCAAAAAAGACAAUUUUAUCUUCACUUAUGAAUGUCCUCAAUGUAGCUUUGCUUUAUGUGUGAAAUGUGCCACUACAAUCACGCGCACUGUAAAGUUUGAUUACCACGAGCAUCCUCUUUACUUCCUCGAAACAGCAGAGCCUAAUCUCGUCCAGUGUGAUGGCUAUGAUUCCUAUUGUAAAAGACAUGCUCUCAUUGAUGCCGACGAAUUCAAUCAUACAAAUUCAUACAUAUUUUGCUGUGCGGAAUGCAAUUUCAAAGUCCACAUGCUAUGUGGUAUGUUACCUAGCACUAUUAAAUAUGAAUAUCACAUACAUCCUCUUCUUCUUGUUGACUUGGCUAUCGAGAAUGACCAUGGAGAAUACGGUUGUGAUAUUUGUGAAAGUGAAAGAGAUCCACGAUACUGUGUAUAUUUUUGCCAAGACUGCAAGUUCGUUGCUCACGUCCACUGUCUAACUCCUCUGAUUAUAAAUUUAAUUAAUGAAGAUGUGAAGAUGAAAAUAGUGGGAGAAGAUAUUUGGAAAUCACCCAACGAGUUAGACAGUGUAUGGGUUCCAGAGAAAAAGCAGGGCAGUUCCCUUUCCACCUUCAAAGAUUUAUUAUACCAAUUAUCUGAAGAUGAGUUAGAAACGCUAAUGGCUUAUUUUCAGUGGAAUGAGGACAGUAGAGGAGAUAAUGGAGCGAAUAACAAAACCACUCAACUUGAGCUUGCUGACGAAGUUCUACGAUUUUCUAAAUUUACCGAGAGUCAGCAAUUUAUGUCGGUACUUUUUGAUGAGUUUCGUUCCAGCUUCUGCAAAACAAAGUUUGAAAUAAAAUCCAGCGAUUUAUCAUUGAAAAUUGUUCCUUUUCAAAGUUAUUCGAUACCUUUGAAUUUGGUCUCUGUUCUGAGAAGUCUUCUUCAAAAAUAUGGAGAUAUUGGUGCGACUUCUGCCUCCUCCCCGGCCAUGAAGAGCAUAGGCGUUUUCUUCAUAUGUAAAGUGCUUAAACAGAUGCAUUCGACUUUGAAUACAGACAUAACUAAACAUCUUCUUCAAGAUUGGUAUUCCUACAUAACACUGUCCAAAGAGAUUAUGGGCUUUAAAGUGGAAUUUUUGGAAGCAUCUCUAGAGAAGAUAACAGAAGUUUUCUUCUGUGGACAAGUUAGUAAACUACUUGGCAUGGACAUUCCAACACUGCUACAUAGUAAGAUGGCUGAGCUAGAAAAGGAAGUGACAGAGUACAAAGAAAGACUUGACAAGUUCAAUAAAUUUCGUGAGUUUUCUUUGAGUAAGGGAUCCAUGAAGGAACGCUUGAAUAAGGGGUUGAAACUGAUGUGGAAGACUGCUGGGGAGGUUGGCCGUGAAUGUGACACCUAAAUAUAUAUACCAUGCAUGUGUAUAUAUAUAUAUAUAUAUAUAUAUUGUAAUGUUUCAUGUGUACUUGGUUUCUAUAUAUGUUUUCACUACUUUUAUUUCCUGGGCCAUUUGUUUGGUUAUUAUUAAGAAUAAAAGAUGGUAUUUUCAGCU